AUGCAAGGAAAAAUAUUCAUUGUAAUUAGUUUACUGUUUGCUUAUGGUAUUCAUUACUAUUGGUUAUUAUUGCUCAUAAGUAAUGGAUAUGGAGCUAAAUAUAUGUGUUCAUCAAUAUUUAUAGCUGGUCAUAGUGAACAACAACAACGUACCGAAGAUCUUGAUAUGUUUCCUAUGAAAUAUGCAACGUUUACUGUAAAUAACACUGAUUUAUCAGUAAGUGCUUCGCUAUUUGGAUUCGCUCAACGUAAAGCUAUUUAUCGCCACGGACUCGGUGUAACACUGAUUAGUGAAUUAACAGAAGACCAAAUUCAUGCGCAAACAUUCAAUAUAUCUAUACCACCUGAUAUAAACCAAGAUAAUAUACCAUGGCCUAUGGGUAAUAAAAUAGAUGAUGACAAUUUUCCAUCAAAUAUCAAUCAAACACUAUUGAAAGAUGCAAUAAACAGCUUGUUUAUUGAAAGAGAUCCAACUAAACUUAUACGUACACGAGCUAUAGUAGUUUUAUAUGAUGGCAAAUUGAUUGCAGAACAAUAUGCUCCUGGGUUUUCAAAAAUUUCAAAAUUUUUAGGUUGGAGCAUGACAAAAAGUGUCAUUAAUGCACUUGUUGGCAUUUUGGUGGAUGAUAUAAAAUUAAAUAUCGAUGAGCCUGCUCCAGUACUUGAAUGGAAUAAUACCAAUGAUCCUCGUCAUUCGAUAACAAUAAAAAAUUUAUUACAACAAACUAGUGGUUUGAAUUUUGAAGAAAAUUAUUAUUCGAAAAGCGAUGUGACACAGAUGUUAUUUCAUACAAGCGAUAUGGGUACAUUUGCUGCUUCACAUCCAUUAAAAAAUAAGCCAGGUACUGAAUGCUAUUACAAUAGUGGUAACACAAAUAUAUUAUCACGUAUUAUCCGUCAUACAGUUGGUGAAAGUGAAUAUCAUUCGUUUCCAUACCAAAAAUUAUUUUAUAAGCUUGGUAUGAAUAGUUUUAUUAUGGAAGUUGAUGCAUCAGGCACUUUUGUUGGUUCGUCAUAUUCAUGGGGUACUGCUCGUGAUUGGGCACGAUUUGCUGGUUCUAAUCAAUAUGGUGAAUAUGGAUUUCAUUUUUGGUUAAACACAGGUAAAACUAAUGAUUCGACAACACGACGAUUUCCAAACGUACCUACAGAUAUGUUUUAUGCAAGUGGUUUUGAUGGACAAUCUAUAUUUAUAAUUCCAUCUAAGAAAUUAGUAGUUGUUCGUCUUGGUUUAACAAAAUCACCCGAUGGAGAAUAUGGAGCAAAUGAAUUUUUAAAAAAUAUUAUUAGUUCAAUUCAAUAA